AUGAUACGUAAAGAAUUCCUUCCACUGCAAGAGAAGGUAGAGAUGUACUUUAAAGUAGAGUUUAAGACCUCAUUUCCUAAGUUUGCCAGCGCCUUUUUGAAGAAGUAUAAUGUGCCUAAUAAAUAUUGCUGGUGAACAAUUUGCCAAGUAUCAGAUUUGGAUGAGGACAGAUUUGCUUUUGUUAGAAGAUAUCAAACAACAUUGUCACGGAAACCUUACUUCGAACGUGUUAUCUACAACAGAAAGAGUCGAGCCAUCGAAGCCCAGAUGCUAGAAGACCAAGACACUGAAAUUAAGAUAGCAGAGAGAUGAAUUUACCAACAAGAAGGGGACAGUGUGAUCUACGAGACUUUUCUGUAUAAGAACCCAGGCUGGAAGUCAUGGAUCAGGAAGAAAACCCAUGCGUGGGGCGUAAGGACAAUGAAGAAGUUAUUGAAGAAAGAAGAUAUUGAGUAAAUCUAUGAGUCGUAGACGGCAAUCAGAAGCUCUAGGUGGUUAUUUG